ACCCGGCGAGUCAGUCGUACCAUAGAUAUAUUGAACGUCGUACAAAGGUAGGAGCAGUCGGCCUCCAGACUCCAGAGUUCGUAGGUCGUCGACAUGACCAUUCUAAAGUAUUCCCUCAUUGGGGUGGGUUUAAUAGUGGGAAUAUCGUACCUGUUCAAUCAAGGUGGAAAUCAAAAAGCACCAAAAUUAGGAGAUCAAUGGUGGGGACCGGGAAAAGAGCAAAAAAUAGUCAAGGACGUGGUGCCGUUCAAGGUCAACUUUUCGAAAGGGGAUAUAGAAGACCUGAAAACUCGGCUGAAAAAUACAAGGAACUUGACACCGGCUCUGGAAAAUGCAGGUUGGACUUACGGAGUGGACGGUAAAUUUGUACCGAAAAUUGUCGACUACUGGCUCAACAAAUACGAUUUUAAAAAACGGGAACAAUAUUUGAAUCAGUAUGAUCAAUUCGUGACGAAUAUACAGGGUCUAAACAUUCACUUUCUGCACGUGAAGCCAAAGAACUCGGGAGGCAAACGAGUUCUGCCUUUGCUUAUACAGCACGGAUGGCCCGGUUCCGUUGUAGAAUUUUACAAAAUUAUACCAAUGCUAACAACGCCCCGUGACGACUACGAUUUUGUGUUCGAAGUAAUAGCUCCUUCGCUUCCUGGCUUCGGAUUCUCAUCCGGAGCCGUGAGACCCGGUCUAGGAGCGGCGCAAAUUGCAGUUGUCUUGAAAAAUUUGAUGCUCAGACUCGGCUUCAACAAAUUCUACACCCAAGGCGGUGAUUGGGGGGCCAUUAUCACCGCGCAUAUGGCCGCGUUGUUCCCCGAACACGUCCUAGGAAUACAUUCCAAUAUGUGUGCCGUUCUGCAACCACAAACUUUUUUCACAACUUACUUAUACAGUUACUGGCCUUCUUUGCUUGUUCCCGACGAAGACUAUCAUUUGAUGUACCCGUUGAGCAAAAAAUGGUCGAGAACCAUCGAAGAAACUGGCUACUUCCACAUCCAGGCAACGAAACCCGACACUUUAGGUGCCGCCCUCGCCGAUUCUCCUGCCGGAUUGGCGGCCUGGAUACUCGAAAAGUUUUCAACCGGUACAAACCCGGAGUUGAGAUUCAAAGAAGAUGGUGGUCUUUUCGAUAUUCACUCGCCGGAUGAGCUUUUGGACAAUGUAAUGCUCUACUGGAUGCCGAAUUCCAUGACAACCGCCAUACGUAUCUACGCCGAAACAUUCAGCGCCGCGAAUAGAGCCUUGAGAAUGGAUUACGUUCCGAUCGAGGUCCCAAGUGCCUGCGCUCAAUUCCCCCACGAGAUAUCAUACCAACCUCCGUCACUUUUGAGCGCCCGUUACAAAAAGUUAAUAAGAGCCAGAAAAAUGCCGAAGGGUGGUCACUUCGCCGCGUUCGAACAGCCGCAGCUCCUAGCUGACGAGGUGUGGACGUCGAUCGGUAUAAUGGAGGCUGACAAAAAGCAGAGAGAAGAUAAACUUAAGAAAUCGGCUUAACCCGAUGUGAUUAUAAAUAUAUUUCUCGAUGGUUUUUCUACUUAAUAAAUCUUGUUGGAAGUGUUUUGUUA